AUGCAACACGCAAAAAUUCCAAAAGUUAUUAUUAUAGGUACAGGUCCAGGAGGACUUGCUCUUUAUCAUGCAUUGAUAAAGAACAAAGAUAAAAAAGAAUUCGAUGUAAAAAUCUUCGAACGGGAUUCCAGUCCAAGAGAACGAUGGCAAGGAUAUCAUAUAGCGUUGAACUGUGCCGGAACUCGAUCGCUUUUGAAUUGUGUACCAUUUUCGAUCAAUUCAAACCUUCAUAAAGCGAUGCCAAACCCACUUCCUGACGUAGAAUUCCAUGGAGUCUCGCUUUUCGAUAAUAAAGGAAGUCUUUUAUUAAAUCCACCAUCUAAACAAUAUAAAGACUUUAACGAACUUGUAAAAUUUCCUCAUGAGUAUUCACUGAUCGUUACUUAUCGUGAUAGACUUAGAGAUGUAUUAUUAGAAAGUGUACCGGUACACUGGGGCAAAAAAUGCAUUAGAUACGAAGAAACCAAAGAUGGUGUUUGGGUAAUGUUUGAUGAUGGUUCGCAAGAAUUUUGUGAUUCUUGGUUGGCGCAGAUGGAAUUAAUUCUCCAGAGACUACCCGAAUUACAAAUUUUCGAUUUUGGAAUAACAAAUGUCGUAGCAAAUAUUGCUGUACCUAAACAUCUUAUGGACAGAUUCAUAAAGUUACAAGGAAAUAGUUUAUUACAAAAGUCUCUUGGAUUAUAUGGUGAUUCGUCAAUGGUUAUUUUUCGUCUAAUUCCAAUCGAGCAAGAGCCAGGUUACGAGAAUAAAAGCAAUUCUAAUGAACCUCAUUACAGAGUAACCUUGAAUUAUUCGUAUCCCACAAAAUUAGACGACGUUGAAUCCGAUAAAAUCAAAGUUGAUGAUAAUGAUUCUGCAUCAGUCAUUGAACAUGUCAAGCAGAUGAUUCGAAAUUUUGGAACAGAAUGCGAAUUUGAUGAUAUUAUAUUAGAAUUAUGGGACUUGGUUCCUAAAUCAACUCCAAAUGAUCCAGAAAAGUUUCAAUUUAAAACUUAUAAUCCGACUCGACGAAGACAAUAUCAAGAUAUUAAUCCAUCAUCUAUUCAAACUUGGACAAGUAGUCGAGUAACAUUAUUAGGAGAUGCUGUUCAUGCUAUGAACCCUGUACUUGGAUUAGGAACAAACAAUGCUUUCCAAGAUGCCGAUCUACUCUCCCAAGCAUUAAUUAAUUAUUCAUCAGAAGAACCUAUUUCCUGCAUUCAAGAAUAUGAAAAUGAAAUGCGAAAAAGAUCAACCGUCGACGUGUUAAAAUCUAGAUCUGCGGCAUUGAAAAUGUCCGCUCCUGUUGGCCUUCUUAGAACCUUUAUUAGAAAUUGUAGUUUAAAGUUUACAAACUUCAUUUUGAACUUUUCAAGUAUUUUUAGAAAGUAUAUUGAAUAA